GUCUAACUACCACGUUCAAUUCAGGUUAUUUUGACACAUAUAUUAGUGCCUAGUCCCAACCGUACUAAUUCCAGUUACAUCAUUUUUGAUCUGGCCUAUUGUCUUUGUGAAAAUCUCAUCUGUGGAUCUUACAUAAUCCCUUAGUUGACACAUUCCCAGUCAUUACACCAGCUUACACGUUCGUUUGAAAUUGAUAUUUUAAACCACGAUUCGCGCACACAAUCUUAAUCAAAACCAUUCAUUGAAAUCUUUCAACUUUCAUGUGUCUUGUUGCCUUGUUAUUAUAACAACAGUACAUUGCAUAUUCAUUCGAUAUUUUGUUUACUCGUUGUCAAUUUGUUACGUUUGUUUUCUCGCCUAACUACUAGCACAGCCAAUUUCAACUCAAUCGCUUGUCUUUCCAUUCACAACAAAUCGUCUACUACUCCGUCAAGCGCAAGGGUGUUCUUUCUGGAAUUUGAGGAUAUUGAAUAAGGUACUAUGGCCAUACUUCUUAUAAAACCAACAAGAAGUAGGACAAAGUCUCUAAGGGCAUCCGACAUUGGAUUUUCGAAUAUUAAAGCUGCACCUACAACUCCGCUGACUAUACAGUCGGCACAAGAUACUACUCCCAGGUACUAUUCGUCGCCUUCCAAUGCAAGUUUUAGAUUAGAUGCAGCAUCCGCUGCUGCAGCUGCCGCUGCCGUAGCUAACACCACCACACCUACAGUAACAAGAUCCAACUCGGCAAAUUCAAUAAGUUCUCCUGAUACCGACAAGCUCAUUAAAUCGUUAUUGAAACAAUUUAAAAAGUUAGAAGUGGAAUUGCAUAAGUUUAAUUCAAGAAAAUUCAAUCACAACAACAAUGGAGUAAUAUUAAAGGGAAACAUAUUACGUACCUCGUUAUUACCAUUUUUAAGAACUGCCAAUCAGUUGAAUGAAUAUUUCAGUAAAGAUUCACCAAUUUACAUCAGUUUAACUAGUGUAAUCGUGUCUAUAUUGAUCAAAUGGUGGAACUCUUUGAUCGGGAACCUAGUUUUGACUCCCUCGGCAUCAGCUACUAGUUCAACAGCAUCCACUUCAGCUCAUGUGGAGACGAUCCAUUAUUCAAAUAUCUCUGCUUCGGAUAGAAAUGCAUAUUUAGAAUGUAUUUCUCGGAUUAUAUCUCGAGAAGAAUGGAAAUAUUAUCAAGAUGACACUAACGAUUACAACGCCUUGCUUAUUCGUACCCUUGAUUACUGCAUAGACAAAAUGUCGACAUUUAAAACAUUAUCGGCUUCAUUUUCUGCAUUUAUUGGAAAAGUAUUUGCUUACAGUUUUUUCAAAUUACCAAAUGUAUCCAAUGCAUUAUUGUUUUUAUUAAAUGUCAAGCAAAUCACGUUUGAAACAUGCAUGAAGAGGCUAACCGGAUUUGAGCGCACAAGUAUAGAUAAAUCCUUAUUUGCGCAACAUUUGCAUUCAAUACUAAAUUAUAAUGGUAUAUCAACAGGUUUGGUUACAAAAGGGCAGAAAUCAUGUAUGAAUUGCAUGCCCACUCCUAAGCACCCAGUAAAAGGUAUCAAAGAUCCUAAUGGAGAUUGGGUUAGACGCUGGUGUUGUUCUGAUUCAAAUGUAUUUAAUUCGUUUUUUCGUCAUUACAUAGAUAUCAUUCAAAAGCUCAUGGAAGAGGAGGACAAGAAUGUUGACUUGAUUAGCUGUCCUGGAUUUACCGUUAUCAUCACCCAUGUGUUUCAAAUACUUCAAGUUGCCGUGGCGAGAAUUUCCAAUAAUUAUCCUAAUCCAACCAAGGGACCUAUUCAUGCUCAAACCACAAAUCUUUCUCCAAAACAACAAUUGAGAGGAACUAGUGAUAAGAUUUUACCACCUUUACCACCACCAGUUUCGUUCAAUAUCAACAUGAAACAAAGUGACAUUUAUUAUAAUUCAUUUAUUAAAAUUUUCAAAACUAUUCGUGAUAUAGCUUAUUGUGCUACUUUAAAUGAGAAAUCUAUUGAUGGUGCAACUGCAUCAUUGGUAAGGAUGAUUGAUUUGUGCUUAAUUUCUAUGGCUAAAGAAACAUCGGUUUAUGAUUUUAACAAGAAUGGAUUAAUUAUGAGUAUUGCGAAUGAGUUCAUAAAUCAUAUCGUAAAUAAUAAUCCCACCAAUGAAGUCAGUUAUUUAAUCAAUUGGGAAUUUUGGCUUGGGUGUAAUUAUAUGAUGAUUAAACAUUCCGAUCAUGUUCAAAUAAUUCUCAAGAAUUUUGCAUUUUUAUUUAAUAUCUGGGAUAUGAUUCCCGAGACCUUAUCACAAUUGGUUAAAUUGGGUGAUGGCAAAGUAUCCAUAAGUCAAACUGAGGAACCAUAUAAAUGGUUAACAAAUCUUGAAGAAUCAUUCAAGGUCAAUUUCAUCAACUUUUUAACGGGUCUGGAAAUGUUUCAGCGAUUCUUUUGUCAUUGGAACCCAGUCAUUCGUUCAUACUAUAUUCGCUUAUUAGUGUGGAGAAUUAUCGGUGUGAAUAAUUAUCAAUCAUCAACCAUGAUUCGUGUUACGAGACAAGUGCAAAUGAAGUUGAACCAAGCAUUUGAUGUUUUGCAUGAGUUUACAAAUGCCAAUAAUGGAAAAUUUGAAAUGAAUUAUAAAUCCGACAAUCCCUUGGUUAAUAGAAGAUUUGGUAUUUUACCUAUAAAUGUUCGCGAUGACUAUUUGUCAAUUAAUGAAGAAUCUUCCCCAGAUUUCUUACCACCGGCAACUUUGAAAUCGUCUGAAUUGAAAAAAACCCAUCCAUAUGAAGUGUUUGAUGAAGCGAUAUAUACCUGUUCAUCAAGCGUUCCGCCAGAAGUUCCUAGGUCAUCUUCAGCUGGUUCAUUAAGUUCGAUUACUUCUAGACCCAAAAGUAGUAGCAAUCCCAUUGUUAGUUCGCUUGGAAAGUUGUUGAGAAUGCUUUCCGUUGAUGAUAACAAUUCCAAUCAAUUGAAUGAUAUACAAGAAAAUGGUACUUUUGAUUCAACCACUCCUGAUUCUAAACGAAAAUUAUCAUUUUCUCCACCUCAAAUGAGAAGAAAUUCAGUAUCACUAACUUCAUUGUCUUCAACUUAUUCAUCGUUGAAGUCAAGAUCAUCCAGUCCAAGCAUGUCUUCGUAUAAAUCAACAACCACGGUGACUGACUCAACAUCAUCUUCAAUCCAGUCUGAUUCGGAGUCGCUCACUUCAAUUGAUACUAUCAAAACCGCCAGUCUUGGCAAAUUACUUCAACAACAACAGCAACAGCUUUUACAAUCUUAUAAUAUUCCACCACCGGAAUUGUCGAGAUUACCACCGGAUAUCGUGAGACCAAUUUAUAAAUUUGAUAUUGUUGUUGACCAUGAAUCGCUAAAUGAAAAGUAUAACUUGAUUCAACAAAAGAAUGCCUUGGUUGCCUCGGGGAUAGUUUUGAAUGGAGCACCAUGUCAACCACCGCAAAUUAGUUACUUUCCUAUGCCACCGCAAUUACCAUUCAUUUCCAUAUUUAUCAAUUCGGAAUCAUUUAGUAGCAAUUUCUACAUCAAUGAAGAAGAUUCACUUUUCUUUGAAAAUUAUGAAACUGAUGUCAGUGAAGAUGAGGUCGUGUUUGAUAGAUCAUUAAUAAAUAUGGUCAAUUUAGGGAAAUCUCUUAAUGAAUUGAAUAUGAUUAUAGAGGAGUUUAGACGGUUCUUGAAUGCAAGAAUUGAAGUUGAUUCAUUCAAUAUGGAGUAUUUCAACCAGAAUGAAUUAAAUGAGUUUGUUUAUUUCAAGAAGAUUAUUCCAUUCUUGUCCAUUGACUCUUCUAAUGAAUUGAAGUUAUUGAAUGCUAGUUAGUGCAUACUUUAUUUAGACAUUUAUAC